AAACCCUAGCUCGGUAACGCCGCCGCCUCCACUACUCCCAAACGCGACCCUCCGCCGCCUAGCCGAGCCCCUCUCCUUCCCCUCCCGCCAGCGGCAGCGACAAGAGGACGCGGCGGCGAGAUGGUGAAGAAGAGCAAGAAGAGCAAGAGCAAGCGCGUCACACUGCGCCAGAAGCACAAGGUGCUGCGCAAGGUGAAAGAGCACCACCGUAAGAAACGUAAGGAGGCCAAGAAGGAGGGCAAGGCCGGCCGGAAGAAGGUCGAGAAGGACCCGGGGAUCCCCAACGAGUGGCCGUUCAAGGAGCAGGAGCUCAAGGCGCUCGAGGCGCGCCGAGCGCAGGCGCUGCAGGAGCUCGAGCUCAAGAAAGAGGCGCGCAAGGAGAGGGCUCGGAAGAGGAAGCUUGGAUUGCUUGAGGAUGAGGACAUUGCUAAAUUGGCCUCUGCAGCUUCUGCACAGGGCAGUGAAUUUGCAGAAAAGGAUACAACAAAGGAGAACACUCCUUCAGAAAUCGCAAAGAGCCAUGAUCAUUCAGAGAGGUCAUUUUACAAGGAGCUUGUUAAAGUAAUUGAGGCUUCUGACGUAAUUCUGGAGGUUCUUGAUGCAAGGGACCCACUGGGAACCCGUUGCAUUGAUAUGGAAAGGAUGGUCAGGAAGGCUGAUCCAAGUAAACGAAUUGUGCUGCUUCUCAACAAGAUAGACCUUGUACCCAAGGAAGCAGUAGAGAAGUGGCUUACAUAUCUAAGAGAAGAAAUGCCAACAGUUGCAUUUAAGUGUAAUACCCAAGAGCAGAGGACCAAGCUGGGAUGGAAAUCAUCAAAACUUGAUAAAGCGAGCAACAUCCCACAAAGCAGUGAUUGUCUCGGUGCUGAGAAUCUGAUCAAAUUACUCAAGAAUUAUUCCAGAAGCCACGAGCUCAAACUGGCAAUUACGGUGGGUAUUGUUGGGCUUCCUAAUGUUGGCAAGAGCAGUCUGAUCAACAGCUUGAAGAGGUCCCGAGUUGUUAAUGUUGGUUCCACUCCAGGGGUUACUAGAUCAAUGCAAGAGGUCCAAUUAGACAAGAAGGUGAAGUUGCUGGAUUGUCCUGGUGUAGUUAUGCUCAAAUCCUCCAACAGUGGUGUGUCUGUAGCCCUUCGCAACUGCAAAAGAGUUGAGAAAAUGGAAGAUACAAUCAGUCCUGUGAAGGAGAUCCUGAGUAUUUGCCCGCACGAGAAGUUGUUGUCUCUGUACAAGGUGCCAAGCUUUAGUUCAGUUGAUGAGUUCCUUCAAAAAGUUGCCACUCUUCGGGGGAAAUUGAAAAAAGGUGGUAUAGUGGAUGUUGAAGCUGCGGCAAGAAUUGUGCUUCACGACUGGAAUGAAGGUAAAAUACCAUAUUAUACAUUGCCACCUAAGAGAGAUGCGGGGGAGGACUCAGAUGCAGUGAUUAUCUCAGAAGGUGGGAAAGAAUUUAAUAUUGAUGAAAUUUACAAAGCCGAGUCUUCGUACAUUAGUGGUCUGAAGUCUAUUGAGGAUUUCCAUCAUAUUGAGAUUCCACCGAAUGCCCCACCUGGUAUUGAUGAAGAGAUGCUCGAGGAUGGCAAGAAGCCGAGUCAGCCCGUUGAGGAAAGUCGUGAGGAAUCGAUGUCUGACGUUAAUGACCGUGAAGGAAGCAAGGCAACCAGUGCUAGCACACAGCAUGACAAGCUGUACACUGCUGAGGGCAUACUCGAUCCUCGCAAGAGGAAAGCAGAGAAGAAACGACGCAAGGUGAACAAGUUCAGUGCGCUGAGCGACAUGGAUGCGGACUAUGAUUUCAAGGUGGAUUAUCAAAUGCAGGAUGCGGCAGCAGCUGGCGAGGAUGAUGAGAGCACCGAAGCAUGACGAUGAUAAAAAUGAUGGAGAUGAAGCCAAGGAUAAUGAUCCAAUGACCGGCGUUGAUGAUGCGUGAAAUGAUGCCCUCUUCCGUGUGCAUGAGUCGGUGACUCAUGGUGAUGAGUGCAAAAAAAAAAAAUGUGCCAAGUGUGUGGUUACAAAAUUAACCCACGAAAGUUUUGUACUCAGUUUGUUUCAAGUAUAAGAUAAUAGAUAUUGAACUGUUAGACCAUAUUGAGUAGCCUUGUAUUUUUUACUAUUUUCACGCGGUUUAAAAUUUGCAGCUGGGUUGGGCGCUGUUGUGCAA